UUAACUCACAUGACCCUCCACCUGAUAAUCCCACUUGCUCCCUUCUCUUCCCUGUUAUGUCCUCUGCAUUCAGCUUAGCUGGACUGUUACAGUCACAAAUCCUAAUGACGGAGAAAUAAAGAAGCAAUUCAGAUCUACUAUAUACUGCAACUCUGCAACCUCUCGCUUCCGCUUCUUCUUCUUCACUCCUCUGGAUUUUGACCCGAUUUCGUCCGUUGCGUUCUGCUCCCUGUUUUGCGCAAAUGUCUUGACCGAUUUGUUUUCGUCUGCUGCAUUGAAACCUCCGCUUUUGAGUCUCUCUCUCUCCAUGUUUACUUGAGUCGGUGGGGCGGUGAAGGGAGGCGGGAUGUUUCGUUCCGCCAGAUGGAGGAGCGAGAAGCUCAGGAUCAAAGCUGUUUUCAAACUCCACUUUCAUGCUACUCAGGUGCUACAAUCUGGGGUAGAGGCAUUGGGAAUAUCUGUAAUUCCGGUGGACGUCGGAAAGCCAACUACGAGACUAGAGAACGCAGCAGUUCGAGACGGGAUUUGUAGAUGGGAGAAUCCUGUCUAUGAAACAGUCAAAUUUAUUCAGGAGCCCAGGACUGGGAAGAUCAAUGACAAAAUCUAUCAUUUUAUAGUUUCAACGGGAUUACCAAAAGCUGGUUCCAUCGGCGAAGUUUCUAUUAAUUUCGCUGAUUUUGCUAAAGCCACGAAGCCCUCCUCUGUUUCUCUUCCUAUCAAGAAUUCUCGUUGUGGAAUCGUUUUGCAUGUCUCAAUUCAGAGGCUACAUGAAAAUGGGGAUCAAAGUUUCAGACGAUGGUGUCCUUUAUUGUCCAAUAACAUUAGCAGAGAGGAGGAAGAAAGUGAAGACGUCAAAAUUGAAUCCAAUGAGCGAAGCUUAAGGAACUUUCUAAGCAAUGGAGACACAAAUAAAAGCACUACGAUGAAAUCUGCGGAAGACGUCUCUGCCGAACCAAUGAUCCACAGAGCCGAACUGAGUGCUGAUUGCAGGACAUCCAGCGAAUCCGACCUUACAUUGUCCAGUUCCGAUGGAAGCUCUGGACUUGAUACUCCCCGACAACUUGGACCGAGAAAUACGAACAAUAUCCACCACAACCCAAAUUCCUCGCCAUUAACAACGUCAAUGUAUGAGAGAUCACACUGGGACUGGUCAGCUAGUUCAGACCAUGGUUUGAGUACAGAUGAUUCACCCAACGGUUCUCGCGAUGCCCUUCAUAAGGAAAGAUCCCAUCAGGCGACGGAUUUGGAGAUUGAAAAACUCAAGUCUGAACUUGCCUCUUUGGCCCGGCAGCUCGAUAUGUCUGACUUGGAACUACAGACUCUUAGGAAGCAAAUUGUAAAAGAAAGCAAAAGAGGGCAAGACCUCUCAAAGGAAGUUAUCAGCUUGAAAGAGGAAAGAGAUGCUCUCAAGGAAGAGUGUGACAACCUCAGGUCACUUCACAAACGCAUGGACGAGGCUAAAAUGAGGAGCAGAACACAAUUGGAAGGUGGUGAUCUGCGCACCCUUGUUGAAGAAAUUCGACAGGAGCUGAGUUACGAAAAGGACCUUAAUGCCAAUCUUCGAUUGCAGUUGGCGAAGACGCAGGAAUCAAAUGCUGAAUUGGUUCUUGCUGUACAAGACCUGGAUCAAAUGUUGGAGCAGAAAAACAUGGAAAUUAACAAUCUUUCCAGUACGCUUCAAUUGAGCAGAAAUUCCCAAGAGUUCAAGGGAAGCCUAUCCAAAUGUGUAAUGGAUGACGAUGAAGAACAGAAAGUAUUGGAGGAGAUUGUUAAAGUGCAGCAAAGCAAUUUGAAGGACUCACAUUUACUUGAGCAAAAAAUUUUGGAGCUGUAUGGUGAAAUAGAUAUGCAUAAGAGAGACAAAGAUGAGAUGGAGGUGCAGAUGGAGCAGCUUGCACUUGACUACGAAAUAUUGAAACAGGAAAACCAUGAAAUUUCAUAUAAGUUGGAGCAGAGUGAACUGCAGGAACACUUGAAACAAUACGAUAGCUCUUCUCUUCCUGAUGCUGUGAAUGACCUUGAAGAGCAUAUUGAGAGCCUCGAAAAUGAACUGAAGGUACAGUCACGGGAAUUAUCAGAGUCUCUGGAAACAGUUAAGGAUCUCGAAAACCAUAUCAGAAGAUUAGAGGAAAACCUGGAGAAACAAGCACAAGGAUUUGAAGCUGACUUAGAAGCUGUGACGCGUGACAAGGUCGAGCAGGAGCAAAGAGCCAUCCGGGCAGAGGAAGCUUUGAGAAAGACCAGAUUGAAAAAUGCUAAUGCUGCUGGGAGGCUUCAAGAGGAAUUCAAAAGGCUCUCAAUGCAAAUGGCCUCUACAUUUGAUGCAAAUGAGAAGGCUACCAUGAGAGCAUAUGCAGAGGCAAGUGAACUGCGUGCACAGAAAAACCUUUUGGAAGAAAUGCUACAUAAAGUCAAGGAAGAGCUCCAGUCCGUUAAAAAUGAUUAUGAGGUAAGGCUGAAUGAUCUGUCCAAUCAAAUAGAAUCGAUGGCCACUCAGAUACACCAGAUGUUGAUGGAAAUUGAGGAGAAAUCCAAGCUUCUUGAAAAACAGAAAAAUCAUGAAGAGCAAAUUUGUAGGGAGUUCUCCGAGGAGAUCCAGACCUUAAAAACUGAGAAUGAAAGGCUUAAAGGGGAGGUUGUAUACUACUUUGAGCAAGCAGAGCAGAAAGAAAGUCUCAGAAUUGAGUUGGAACUUACGAAGAAAUCAGUUGAGGAGUCAGAGAUCCUGGCGCAGAGAGGAAGUGAUGAAAGAAACGAGCUGGUGAGUACAAUUGCUUUGCUGAAGAAGGAAGUGGAGAAGACACUUGAAGAUCUAAAUAGGAUGAGAAUUGUGAAGGAUGAAACAGAGACUAUGGCCAGGUCAUUCCAAUCAGAGUUGGAAGCAGUUAGAGAUCAAUGUAGUGACUUGAGGCGUUCUCUUCAUGAGGAUGAGGCAGAGAAACAAAAACUAAGAAAGCAAAUUUUCCAGUUAAAGAGUGAACUAAAGAAGAAGGAAGAUGCAGCGACCAACAUUGAAAAGAAGUUGAAGGAUGCUAAUGGACACCAGCAAUUUUCUGCCACUGCAAAGAACAAAAAAUCUGCUUCAAUCCCUCAGAAUUCGAAAGAGAUUGCAACUCUGAGGGAAAGAAUAAAAAUGCUCGAGGGCCUGAUAAAGUCGAAGGAAACUGCACUGGAAGCGUCUACAACUAUUUUUUUGCAGAAGGAAAAGGAACUCCAAGACAAAAUAGAGGAGUUGGAGAGCAAAGUGGAAGAAUUCAAUCAGAGUAGUGGUUUGCAAAAGGUUGCUGAAGAUCAAAGCAUUGCUCCUUCAACUGUGGGAGCAGGAGAUCCAGCGGAGCAUCUCAAUGGUGCUACGGGUCCAUCUCAAGAAAAUUGCGAUAUAAACUCGUCAACUUCCAAUGAUGAUAAAGGGAUGGGCAAUGUUUGUGAUAUAUUAGCGGAAUUAGAAUCAGUAAAGGAAAGGAACAAAGCAAUGGAGAGUGAAUUAAAGGAGAUGCAAGAGAGAUACACAGAAAUGAGUCUGAGAUUUGCAGAAGUAGAAGGUGAAAGGCAAAAACUUGUUAUGACAGUGCGGAACCUCCGGAUUGCAUAUAAAGUCAAAUAAAAUGUUCCUGAUAUGUUGGAGCCUGCAGUGUAUAGUGUAUAGUUUGAGCAGGAAGGCGCCUUGCGGUAGAGGAUCACAAAUUAAAAUGAAUAAAUUAAUAUCUAUACUGCCUACUGGCAGCGUAAUUGUAUUUUGUGAAGCCCCAUUGGGCACAAUUUUACAAAAUUUACCCCAAAUCAGUGAUGUUAAAUAUCACUCAGUUGCAUAUUCUGGUAGAAA